ACACUACUUCCGCUCUCUCCAUACCCCAAUCGAUCUACACACCUGCUAUCCGCGUGGAGCAGCUUCCAGAGUCCCCCAGCUUCCUUCCAUCCCGAUCUACAUCACACCUGGCCCCAGCGUGGAGCAUGGCCAUAGUCUUGAACUCAUUUGCGCCGCACUCAUAACCUCACCCUCCAUUCGCCGCCAUGCGCUCCUAUCGCUAUCUAGUAUCUUCGCUCGCUCUUAUCGCCCUCCUCCACCCGGCCGUGGCGCUCAAUUACCCUCUCGAUGCCCGCCAAAAUGAUCAGACGUCAUCACACUCCACCUCGCCGUCGACCACAGACGCUUCUCAGGCUUCAUCGACUGGAGGUGCCUCACUGCUCCCCUCCAGCGCCUCUGAGAAGGCUGCCGCUACCUCGUCGCAUCAUGAAGCUUCGUCCCAGCCAUCCAGUACUCUCUCAAUGUCGGUGACCCCCACGGAGUCUAUCUCAGCUCCGUCUUCGUCCAUCGCCAAUGCUGCGGAGCCUUCUGCCACCAAUGGGACCGCCUCGCAUGGCAGCCCGCUGCCGAUCCACCCCAAGCUCACACCCGCCAUGGGCAUAACUGGUGUCGUACUGCUGCUGACUGGCAUCGUUUAUACAGCGAUUGGGAUAAAGAACAAAAUGCUCUACGUCUUCUUCUCUGCCUGUUAUUUAACCAGCUUGGCUACGACCGUCCUCAUCAUCUACCUGAUGAGCCCACCGGUCAAGGAUGCCAUCCAAGGAGCUUUCUUCGUGGCGGCUUUGAUCUCAGGCCUUAUAUUUGGAGCUCUGUCACUCGUUUUCGCUGACAUCACCGACGGUCUGGGCUGUCUGCUGGGCGGAUAUUGUCUCAGCAUGUGGUUCUUGACUCUGAAAGAAGGAGGUCUCAUCGAGUCCACCACAGGACGAGCCGUCUUCAUCGCCUGCAUGAGCUUCGCUGGAUUCUCGUUGUCGUUUAGUCACUAUACCCGCACGUACGGCUUGAUUGUCUCUAUUUCCUUCGCUGGAGCCACCGCCACGGUCCUUGGCAUUGAUUGUCUCAGUCGAGCGGGUUUGAAGGAGUUCUGGCUGUACCUGUGGAAUCUGAACUCCAACACAUUUCCCUUGAAUACCAAAACUUACCCGGUUACCCGCGGAAUUCGGGUGGAAGUCGCAUUCAUCAUUCUGAUAUUCCUCCUAGGUAUCGUCUCGCAGUUGAAGCUAUGGAAACUUGUAAAAGAACGGCGUGAGAGGGGCGCUAUGACCAGAAUGGAGCGCGAAGAAAACCAGCAACGUGAGGAAGAGGAGCGUGGCCGAAGAAUCGAAAACGACUUUGCCCGGGAACGCGCCCAGUGGGAGGCGGAAUAUGGUGACAAGAGCGUGGCAGGCCUUCACACCGACUCUGCAAUUGGGUCGUCGAACGGCAGCAACCCAAAGACAUCCCUCAGCGUCAAAGAGACGCGUCGGUCGGACAGCGUUGAGAUGGUAGACAUGUCCGGGUCCAAGGAACUUGAUAGAUCCAAACUUAUGUCUCGUGACUCCGUAAAAGGUGGUCUGGGUGUGGGGGUUACUGUGAGGGUCAUGGAAGACGAUAACAUUCAGCAUAUUGAUUCUGAUGGAAACACCGUUUCGCUAUACCCGGCAACAGCUAGAAACUCCGAUUUCCAUUCGAGCGCGAAUAGCAGUGCUCGGGCAUCUGCAGAUAUGAGGGCGGCACAGGGAGGAGACGAAGCUCACCUGGGACCAACUCGGGCGUCACUUCGCUCAUCAGUACCACCGCCACCUAUCGUCGUUCCCUUGCCUUUCAACGUACCAAAAUCAGAGCACUCAGACAACGAGGAUAACGCGUCUGUCUCAACAGUCCCCGAGUCAAUGCCUUCUAGGAGACCUGGAUCCAAGAGAUUUUCAGCAAUUUCGAGCCGGCUAUCGAUCAACAGGAUAUCUAGUAACCACUCGUCCCAGGAAGAGAUUCUGAUUCCGCACAUAGAGGAUGAUCGUGCUUCUUCAUUGGCAGCAACUAUGGAUGAUAUGGACGACGAUAAUUUUUCUUUACCAGAGCUCUCACCACCGCAAUCGCCGUCGACAGAAGGGUUCCAGGAUCAUAUCGAUAUUCACAUUGAGGGUGACAAGACUGAAGAGCAAGGAUUGAAGUCCGAUGAGGGUGGAAAGAAGUCCGAAGAUGCUCAGGCACUUGCAGCACUAACCUCAAAUUCACCGGCCGCGGCCAAAUCCCCUAACCGCCAAUCACUCACAACCAGCACUGAUCCCAGGCCGAACGAGACAAAACCAAGACCAUUAUCGAAUGGAAGUCGACGGAGGUCCGGUGCGUCAGUUGCGAAUGACGAUGAAGGUCGAACUCGCCGAACUUCGAAAUCCAUGCCAUCGAUACCGCAGUCGGAGGUCUCGCAGGGAGAAUCUCACAUUGGCAGUCUUGCUGAGGUUCUUCCGGAGAAGCUGUCAAAGGUGGUACUUUCAUACCGGACCAAUGAGUGGGCUAAGCACCUGGAAGUUGCAGACAAACCUGAGCUGGAUGAGCUUCAACAGCCACCUUCACCGGGAAUACAGGUCCAGAUGGGCCUGCCCGAAGCUACCACACCCCCGAAAGUUGUAGAAAAAGCUCAGCCUGUACCGGUCUCUACCCGGCCAGUCUCUAGCAUUCAAGCAUCUGUACCACAAUUGACGAAACAAAGCUCCCAGCCAUCGUACCAAGCAUCAAACACCAAUCCCUUCCGCCAACCUAGCGCGAACCGAUCAUCAUCUACGAUGUCGAAAUACUCUGCUAAUGAGUCUACUCCCAUGUCACUUUCUCGGAACCCUUCAAGCGCGACAGUCAACAGCAUUCCCAAUAUCCAGAUACCAGGACAAUAUCCAACAGGACCCGGCGCAAUGUUACGAUCAAGCUCGGCAGCAAAGUUGCGAGGCGGAAGAAAUUCCUCGAUGCCUUUGAUGAAUCAAACACUAGUGGAAUCACCCAUUGAGGAAGAGUCAGCGAAUAUGCGGUUUGCACCAUCUCCAAUGCCAGGAAAUCCGAUGAGCAGACGGGAGACUCUUACACGGAACCAAACGACGCCAACAACAUUCACGCCGUACUCCUCGGUCCCAAAUUUGAACAUUGUAGCGGCAAGCGACGCUGGAUCCACUCGACCCGUGAAUCUCCACACAGCAGACUCGGACAAUAUUUCUCUAUCAGAAAGGAAGAAGAUGAUUGAUCAAGAGAACCUGACUCUCACACAGCGCCAGGCGCUCAUGCAGAGCCGACCGCAACAGCAGCGCCAAGGCACGUGGCCUUUAGCAGAGCAAAUGAAAGGCUUCGACUCUCACCAGCCGAACCGAACGUCUGGAAUCAACCAUAGCAAACAGGAAGCCAGGCUCGCGAAUUGGCGCGAAUCGAUUCGCCAAGAUACUGCACCCGCGCUUCCGGUCGUCAGCGAGGAAGACCGGCGGAUGACCAUGAUCCGGGAGCGCAAGCAGCACGAGAUGGAGAAGCAGCAGCAGGCCAUGGCAGCGAAUGCGCGCGAUACCAUGUUCGACAGUAUGAUGCGGCGCGGCGAUAUGCUGGAUGCGCAUCGCGAGGCGCUGAGGAGGAUGCAGGCGUCGGCGAACAAGAACGCGUAGACUCGCACGACUUGACCUUACGAAUCGAACCGAAUCGCAUUCUCUACCGGUACUCAUUUUGGAGACAAACGAACGACAAGAGGGGAGGUAUCGUUCAGUUUGUACAUGC